CUUCCUAUCACAUCCACGGCGACAACGACGCCGGACGGCAACUCGAGACUGUCCCUUUCUUGCUGCGCAUCUUCGUUUCGGACAAUGCGAUUAGCUUCUUCCUUCCUGAUGAGACCUUAGUUCUUUUUCUCUUCUAUUUGACCUGACCAGACGGGGUAUCUUCCCUGUCUUGCGCGUUUCUGAAUACCCUCCAGACCAGCUUUCAACCAAACGCUUCGGUUCUCUGCUUGCCUUUCGAAAUAACAUGUCUUGAGGCUCGGCCUUGGUCUGAGGACACAGAAAAUAUGGUGAACAGCCAAGGGACCAUCCAGAAUGGUCCGCCGAACGGCGGCUACAUGCAGCCGCCGGCCGCGGAUCAGCGCCCUAUGGCGCGGCCGUUUACCCUGCCCGAGGCGUUGCCCUACUCUCCCCAGACCUCCGUCAUCCCCUUCACAUCAGAUCUCAUACCUGACCCGACGCUCGGCUCCGGCUCGCUUGCUUCGAGCAUAUCGCAUAUGUUCAACAGUCAGGAAUACGACAGUCUCAACAAGGAGGCCACCGGUCCAAACCAUAACCACGGGCUGAAGCAUUUGAAGUAUGCCGUUGAUCAUGUACUUCAUGACCUGAAGCCUAACCAGCGGACAUAUUUCAAGUUCAAGGCCGUCCCCAAACCGAAUGCAAACAUGACGUCGAGUACCGCUGGCCCCCAGAGUCUCAGCGCCGGCCUUUCGCCAGUGGCCAAGAUGGUGUUUGAUAGGGCACCGACAUUCAUCAAGCCAUCUACCGGAACCCCCGGCCUUGCCCCAGUCAACGGACAGGUCACUCAACAGCCGCCACAGCAUCCUUCGACACCCAAAGCCGCUCUGCCACCGAAGCAGUCAUCAACGAGUGCAGAAACACAGCGAGGGAACAACUUCCGCUUCGAGGUUGCGAUCCCUUCUAAGAAAUUCGAUCCCAAAGCAUACGUGGAGGUUCCUGAUCAAGCCGCCCCUCUGCCAGUUACCGUCAACCCGUCUGAGGUGACUCGGGUCGUUACGUCAACGCAGGUUGUCCCGAAGCAGGAAACGCCUGUUCAACCUCCACAUCCAGUGCAAUUCGCUCCUACACAAGGUGGUUCUAGUCAGACUACUCCCACGGAACAUGCUCCUAUGCAACUUACCAAGCAAGGAACGCCAGGACUAUCCCAUGCCGAAAAAACGUCUUUCGCCAUUGAAUUACCGCGUGCUCCUGGAUUCAAUAAAGAUGAAUAUGUUGAGAUAGCUAUAUCAGACUAUCCCGAUGAGCCUAUAGGAUUGUCGAUGCGCAGACAAGACGGCGCCUACCAAAGCCGCCAGGAUGAUAUCAGCACAAAUCUCAACCAACGGCAGCGAGCCGAAGCAGCACUGCAGGAUCUCGAACGACUGAUUAAGAGUGUUUUCGAUGCCAUUAGGCAUGUCCUCGGAAACGAACCUGGUUACGAGCAGGUGGCCACUUUGAACAGCGACAAUGAGACCGUCUUGACAGGGUCAACACAGCAAAAGCUCCAAACAGCUAUCGCUAAGGCCAUUGAUCUUGGAAGCUACGACCAAGCGCCUAUCGAGGAUCUCCAGUAUAUCCAGAAACUGAGUGAAGCUGGACUGACGCACACCCUCAACCUUGACUUCAGAGUCGAAGAGUCUUGGGGCGAGUCGGAUGUUGCUGGUUGGCUGAACCAAUUGCCCGAAAUCGAGAUGGGUCUCAAGACAGCCCGUACAUGCCUUCGCAUAAUGUGCGGUGGCAGAGAAGAGAAGCAGAUCUAUUCGGAGGAGGUUAUCCAGAAGUGUACCGACGUCUUCAAGGGCGUUGUUGAGGGCAUCGUCAUUCCUGUUGUUGAGAUGAGAGGCAGCGGUUCGUCGUCUACCCUCUUCAAAUUGCUGCAGCCUCAUAAAAAGGCGAUUGGCCCGAUUCUCACGAACUGCCAGAAGCUGUUCGCGCUGCUCGCCAAACUCGUCACUAGCAUUGAGCUUUCGGAUACCGCUCUCGGCACUUUGGAAUUUGCUGCAUCCAGUCUUCUCUUCGUGGACAAUGCUUAUCUCGAAAAAGACUCUGUUGUCGGGGUACAGAAAUUCGAUGGGAUUCGCCUCACCGCAAUGGAGAUGCUCUGCCAAAUAUUUCUUGCCAAGCCUGAACAACGUCGCGGCAUCUUCGACGAUAUCCUUACUUCGCUGGAAAAACUCCCAGUCGGAAAGCAGAGCGCACGCCAGUUUCGCUUGUCGGACGGGGGGAGCAUCCAACCAGUGUCUGCGCUCAUCAUGCGUCUCGUGCAAGCCAGCUCCGGCAAGGUCGACGAGAAGGGCACUCGCAGUCGACUGGCAAUAAUGGCGGACGAAGAUGCCGACGGGGAUGAGGAGAUGACGCAACCUGGCAAACAGGCUGUGGCUGCGACCAUAAAGUCGGAGGAAGCAGGUGCUUCUCAGUACAAUCUGGCGCUAGAAGAACUCAAAUCCGUUGCCUUGCCCCUGACAGAAGGCUCUAUCCACAACGCCAACUACGUCGUCACUUUUAUGGUCAACCGCGCUCUGAAGUCUACAAAGUCCGGCGACACGCCCUACCGCAACCUGCUCGAUCUGUUUGUGGAGGACUUCACUGAGUGCCUCGACUCUCCUGACUGGCCAUCCGCCGAGCUGAUUCUGCGACAAAUGACAUUCUAUAUGAUGAAGCUCUGGGAAGGAGACAGAACUGCGGCACCUGCCAAGAACAUGGCUCUCGAACUUCUCGGUGUCAUGAGUGCUGCGGUCUCCAAACUGCGGUCACAUGUUCGCAAGAUUACUUACUCGAUGGACGGUAGUGACUCCAAUGAACUUUCCCGCUAUCUCUCGGAGCUGGCGACGGCCGCAUUGGAGCAGAAGACCCGUGUCGAGCAUGAUGUCUCGUGGUCCGGUCCAUAUCGAACGACGCUGGAGCAUCUCCAACGGCGCUCUGGCGACGAUCCCCACUUGCAGGGUGCCAUAUCUUUCUUGAUCGCAGACUGGGCUCAGAGAAUUUUCUCUGGUUACGACGCCAUGCAGGAGACCUAUGAUUCUCUUGAUCAGGAGUUUGGACGCCUCGCUUUCCGACUCCGCAUGAUGAUCGAGGACCGACGGUGGCUCUCCAACGAAUACACUUUCAAAGAUGUCACCAACAAACAUGCAAAGCUCGCUUACUCAAUCAUUCUCUUGCGUUCGCCAUUUUGCGAGCACUUCAAGGCUAUGCUUAAUGUCCUUCUCACUGCUAUGGCUAGUGACCAAGCUACCGUUCGCAGCAAGAGUCUCAAGAGCAUCAACCAGCUUCUGGAGACCGAUCCCGCCAUCUUGGAUGGUGACUCUGUAGUCGUCCAUCUGAUUAUUAACUGUUCGAGUGAUUCUUCGCCUCAGGUGCGAGAUUCCGCCAUUGGCCUGAUGGGUAAAUGCAUCGGCCUGCGCCCGAGACUUGAGGACAAGAUGGCGGAAAGAAUCAUUGAGAGAUUCAUCGACUCUGGUAUCGGCGUGCGGAAGAGAGCAAUGAAGCUGGCUCGGGAUAUUUAUCUUCGCAAUCAGAGCCGGGAGAUUCGCAGCAAUAUCGCAAACGGCUUGCUUCAUCGCGUGCAGGAUCCGGACGAGGGUGUGCGGGAACUGGCUCGCCAGAUGAUCGAAGAGGUGUGGUUCGCCCCGUUCUACCAAGUCGACGAUACAGCAGCCUUCAAAACAUCAUUGACCGACCACGUUGCUCUCAUGAUCCAGACGGUCAAGUCUGGAAAUGUGGGCGCUGUCCUCGACAAAGUGCUCCAAUCUAUCCUUGGAGGUGGACAGAACAAGGCUCAGACCGGGCCUUUUGGAGUCAAUGUUCGAGCUUAUCGACAACCUCGAUUCAGACGACCCUACGAUCCCCCGGGACGAGAUGCACUCCAAGUCUUGCAGAUAUUUGCAAAGGCAGACCCGAAACUCUUCACCUUCGAGGAAAUCAGACUUCUCAAGCCCCAUCUUUCUAGCAUCAGCGGCGCCGAUGAUCUGGCUGUGUUUAAGGCCGUUACUGUCAUCUACCGCCAGGUGCUGCCGCAACUCUCUAGCAAGUACGCUGACUUCCUUCGUGAAGUGAGAGAGCAGCUGCAAAACUCUGUUGGCAGGCUUAACAAGAACUUAUUGGAUGAUGUUGUUGCCUGUCUGUGGAUCAUUGCCGAUCUCUUGGACAACCGCGACAAGCUGGCUUACUUGGGCGCAUCUAGCUUGCGCGGAGUCGCCAGCAUGCGGAACACGCAAAUGGAUGCCACCAAGCUCAUGAAAUUUGCCAGAUAUUCGACGAUUGUGGGGAUGGUCGGCAAACACUGUGAUCUGGAUUCUGAGAUUGACGUUUUCAAGAAGAUCUUCCCAAAGUAUUCAGGCACAUCGGUUGCAAAGCUCAUGGUUGACAACCUAUCACCCUGGGCUGAUGAGUCGCAGGUCAUGGAAGCCCGAAAGCAUGCACUCGAUGCCAUUGGUCUUAUUUGCCAGGCCCAUCCUCGAAACUACGUCUCGCCAAAUGUCUACACCAAGUUCCAGCAAGUAUUUGAGGCCAGAAUUCCAGCACUGGAGAGCACAAUCCUCCGGUCUUUCAAAGAAUUUCUCAUUACUGAAGAAAAGCGGUCCGAAGCUGCCACUGCUGCCGCUACCACGGGUUCCGAGGGUGAUAAGAAGCGCGAGCUGACUGUAAUGGGUGGAACGAACUACGACGAUGUGGCGAGCGCGACCACUCAGCGGUUUCUCAAAGAGAUCACCCGGAUCGCCUUGUCAUCUCAAGAUGAGCACGCUUUUCUUGCGGUCGAAGUUCUAGGGAGCAUCAACCGUCAGGGUCUCGUUCAUCCUAAAGAAACUGGCGUGACCCUGAUCACGCUGGAAACUUCGUCAAUGACCAAAAUAUCCGAGGUCGCAUUCAUGGAGCACCGAGCGCUUCAUGAGAAACACGAAACUGUCAUCGAGCGAGAAUACGUCAGGGCCAUCCAAGCUGCAUACGAGUACCAGCGGGAUAUUGUCAAGGAUACUCGCGGUGCAACCACAAACCCUUUCCAGUCCAAGCUUCAUCUUUUAAUGGAGGUGCUGAAAGUGAGCAAGUCCAAGAACCGACAAAGGUUCCUGGAGAAACUCGUCUUCCAAGUUGAUUUCGACCCAUCAAAGCUUGACGUUUCCACGCCGUUGCCCCCACAUGUGGAAUAUGCCCGCUUCAUGAUCGAAAACCUUGCUUACUUCGAUUAUGUGACAGUUGGAGAAGUCCUGGUAACGGUCAACGCCAUGGAAAAGCUAUUUUCGACAACUGGGUCCAGUAUGGCACAUGUUAUUGAAUCUGAAAUAUUCAACGUGCGCAUGGACAUGGACAAACCAGAUGAUCUGCAGGGCGAUGGACAGCCAACACAACCCCAGCUGACCAUUCCCCCAAAGAGGCUUCGCCAGCUCACUUCUGGGUCCAUCAUUCUUCUUUGCCUCUGGGAAGCCAGAACCUAUCUUCGGCGUCUUUAUGGCCUGGGUAGCAAGCGUGAGACGAAGACGAAGCUAGCAGCCAAAGACCUCAGCAAAGCGCCUACCAAGGUCCAAGGCGUGACAGGAGACAAAUUCUGGGAGGAGGUCAACUCGCACGUGAACGGGCUCGCAUCGCAAGAAGCUACCUUAGCGAAGUGCAAGGCCUUCGUUGAGUUAAUGAAUGUCGACAAAGAGUUCAAGGUGGCUGACGAAGAUGAACUUGAAGGCGAAGAUGCCGGCACGCCCAGCGAUGACGAGGACGAUGGCCCUGCAGCUGAUGGUCGAGGCCGUAAGAGAAAGGCUGGCGUAUUGCCCGGAAACCGUAAGAAGCGCGCGCGCUCAACAUCGCGAGCGAGGCCACGCGGCCGACCGCGCAAGAACGUGGUUCCGACUGAAGCCGAAGAUGAUGCCGAUGGCGACUUUGAUGACAUGGACUUCAUCUGAACAUCCAGACACGACAUGGCCAUUAUGUUCCUUGCCCACAUACCUUCUCAUCUGCCGCAAUGGACACGAAUGCGAUUGCGACUAUAGAAUACGGGCAGCAAAGAAGACAUACCUGUCUUCACUCAACCAACUUGCUUCCCAUUGCACAUGUACAUCAUCAUAAUCAUCAUCGCAUUGCACACAUACAGGAUUUCACCGGUAAAUGGGUUUGCAUCAAGAAG